AUGGCGACCUACAAACAGAAAACCCACAUAAUACCCGCACGACCUCCUCCCUCGAGCGACUCUGAAGAGUCCAGUUCAGAAGAAUGGGUAGUGUUUAAUGACAAUAAAUCGAGAAACUCGGCUUACAGAGCUUCAACUCCAGCUACUCGCGCUACCACAAUCCCAUUAUACAACCCAACAAGCAGUGACGACGAAUGGCACGUGUUGAGUGAUAGUGCGAGCCCGAUCGACGAGAGCAAUCCUACAUUCGACACAUUCUCUGAUAGCAACGGUGGACUUAGUGGCUUCGAGUCGGAGAUUGACGCUGCUGUACACGACGAGUCAGAGUUCUACACAGAGUCUUCAGGUGCAGAAGAUACGGUUUGGAGUUUUCACGGGCAACUGCCUUUACAUGAUGGAGCCGGGAAUUUUUGCGAUACUAUUGAAGAGGGGAGAGAGUAUGGCGAUGGAAUGGACAGUAAUGUAGAGUUUGAUAAUGGAAGAAACUCUUCAAUAGUCAGGGAAACGGAAUCAGACAUAUCAAAUCUGGAGCACGGGACGCUUUAUUCAUCUGCAACUUCCACACCGCAUACCGCAUCUGCCAACGCGGAUAAUCGCGACGGCAACAAUUCUACCAACAUUAUUCAGCCAAGGAAGCGAGAUUCAUGGAAACACUUGUUUAAGAAUGUAUUCAAGUUGGAAGAUGCGGUCAAAUCGAAUGACAAUUCACAAGGAGAAAAUGAUCGCGAUGAUUUAGAGAAGGUGAAGUUUGGUGGAGGAUGGACAAAUUCGGCUUACACACAAACCUCCCUACCUGAUUCUAUCAACUCCUCAUCCGCAUUAUCUCAUCCAGCGACACGUCAUCACGAGACAUCAUCCAGCAUACGGGAUACAACACCAGAAAGUGUAAAUAGUCGGAUAUUCUCUUCUGAGCGACCUAAUGAUCAGUCGAAUUCAUCUGGCAGUCGUGGGACUCCGGAAAGACGAAACCCAAUAUUUAACAGAUUUAGUGAUUUGAGAACGUUAUCGAGGGAUUCCAAUAUACAAAACGAGAAUGCUGUCGAUGCUGGGGUUGGAAGUGAGAACAACUUUCAAAAAAACCAAGACGACGCAUCAUCUAUCCUCUCAACCGUAUGGUCCACAGUUCGCCGCCUCACCUCUAGCAUAAUCACCCCCGAGUCAGACAUUGACUUUCCUAAUACGGGCUCAUUCGCCACGCAUUCAUCUUCUUCUGCUGCAUCCACUUAUCCUUUGUAUCCUCACUAUACGGCGAGUGGCCUAGCGUCGAUAGUGAGCGGAACAGGAGAAAACCAAUACACUUACGAUGGGUGUUAUUUGCCUUUUGGUAAUCACUUGACUUUGUCAGAAUUAGGCGGUCUUUCAAGGAACGAUAGAGAUGAAAUGAUAAGGAGGACUGAGGGCGUUAGAUAUGGAGGAGGAUAUGGAGGAUAUAGAGGAGGGGCGCGUGCUCCGGCCAACACUGUAGUAAGGAGUAAAAAACGAAGUUUAGUUGACAGAAGCGAGACUUCUACCAAAAGACUGCUCACUCCCGUUUCCAGUUCGGCUAGUUUGGCAAGUUUUGUCAGCCGUUCUGGAAGCGAAUGCGGAAUGGAGAGUGUAGGAAUAAGGAGUACGGGAAUAGAAUGUGGUUCAUGGGAGCAAGAGUGCAUGUAA